AUCGCUCGGCGCUCGUCCCUACUCUGUAGGUCUGUUCCUUGCGUCCCAUCGAGCUGCUCAGCCAUCGCGCGCCUGCGCUGUUGGGCUGUCAGUCAGAGCGGCGUGGGGAUCGCUGGGAGCGGUUCAGCGUGCUGGGACCUGAGGUAAAGCUGCGGCUUCUGACCCGCCAGGCCACGCACGAGCUGGCUGACCCGGUUUGUAAAAAUGGAAUUUCAAGCAGUAGUGAUGGCAGUUGGUGGGGGAUCUCGGAUGACAGACCUGACUUCCAGCAUUCCCAAACCUCUGCUUCCAGUUGGGAACAAACCUUUAAUUUGGUACCCAUUGAACCUGCUUGAGCGUGUUGGAUUUGAAGAAGUCAUUGUGGUUACAACCAGGGAUGUCCAAAAGGCUCUAUGUGCAGAAUUCAAGAUGAAAAUGAAGGCAGAUAUUGUGUGUCUUCCUGAUGACGCUGAGACGGGAACUGCAGAUUCUCUGCGCCACAUAUAUCCAAAACUUAAGAUACUCAGAAAUGGAAUCUCUGGAUUAUAUGCUGCCCAAACUCUUUCCCUGACUUAUCAAGAGAGAUUAUUGGUUCAUUCAUUCUCCCAGGCCCUGGUGGAACAGCGUGACUUCAUUGGAGUGGACAGCACAGGGAAGAGGCUGCUCUUCAUGGCUAAUGAAGCGGACUUGGAUGAAGAGCUGGUCAUUAAGGGAUCUAUCCUACAGAAGCACCCUAGAAUACGUUUCCACACAGGCCUUGUGGAUGCCCAUCUCUACUGCUUGAAAAAAUACGUUGUGGAUUUCCUAAUGGAAAAUAGGUCAAUCACUUCUAUCCGGAGUGAACUUAUUCCAUAUCUAGUGAGAAAACAAUUUUCCUCAGCUUCCUCACAACAAGGACAAGAAGAAAAAGAGGAGGAUCCAAAGAAAAAGGAUCCAAAGUCCUUAGAUAUUUAUAGUUUUAUAAAAGAAGAAAAUACACUGACCUUGGCCCCCUUUGAUACCUGCUGGAAUGCCUGUCGAGGAGACAGGUGGGAAGACUUGUCCAGAUCACAGGUGAACUGCUAUGUCCACAUCAUGAAAGAGGGACUCUGCUCUCGAGUAAGCACACUGGGACUCUACAUGGAAGCAAACAGACAGGUGCCCAAAUUGCUGCCUGUUCUUUGUCCAGAAGAAUCACUGAUCCAUUCAUCAGCCCAGAUUGUCAGCAAACACCUGGUUGGCGUUGACAGCCUCAUCGGGCCAGAUACACAGGUUGGAGAGAAGUCAUCCAUUAAGCAUUCAGUCAUUGGUUCAUCCUGUGUCAUAAGAGAUAGAGUGACUAUUACCAAUUGCAUUCUCAUGAAUUCAGUCACCGUGGAAGAAGGAAGCAACAUCCAAGGCAGCGUCAUCUGCAACAAUGCUGUGAUUGAGAAGGGAGCAGACAUCAAAAACUGCUUGAUUGGAAGUGGCCAGAGGAUUGAAGCCAAAGCUAAACGAGUGAACGAAGUGAUCGUGGGGAAUGACCAGCUCAUGGAGAUCUGAGUUCUGAGCACAUCAAACUCCUUCCUUUUGUUCCCUAAAGCUACAGAUGUUGGCCGGCCCACCUAUUUGAUUCUGUAUUUAUUUCCCAAUAAAGAAGGGCUUCCAAAGGCAUGCUGGAGACUUGUGGAGCAGUUCAAUCUCCGCAGCAGGUGGGCUGCAGGUGU